AUGCCCAUGGAUUUCCAGUUUAGCCAUAUUCACAUGAGUGAUCCUUCUCACGUACUACUCAUGGAAAAAUGGGUGAAUGACCCGCUGCCAUUUGAUGUUAUAGAGCUGCCCAAAACGCAAUGGGCCACGAGUGAUAAUAUACUCCAACAUCUGAUUAAUACAGAAACUGAAGAUGAUGAUAUGCUGCAGGAAGUGGGCAAUGGAUUGAAUCCAGGUCUAAACAGGAACAACAAGCGGUCUAAGAAACUGUUGUGGAAAGAUCUUGGAUUAGGAGACUUUGCAAACGGAGGCGGGCCAGAUUACACGUUUGACCGAACGAUAUUGACACAUCUUGCUACUACAGAUUCGGAAGAGCCGAAGUUUCUGCCUGCUGAGGCUGCCGAAUUGGAUGCUGCUCGGGAAAACGAUUUGAUGCGGAAUAGGGUAUUACAAGGCUUGGAACGCUCUGCUGAAGCACAGGGGAUCUUGCACAGUGGCUUGGACGAAAGUUUCAACGGGUCGAUUCCUGAGAUCAACUUAUCGACUCCAGCAUUUCGGACAAGGACUCCAAUGCCACAACCCAGGCGAUCGAGCUACCAAACCCCAGACUCCAGGAUCAUUCGUUGA